UGAUAAUGUUGACAUUUCACUGAACUAAUCCAAAGAGAGCAAUUAAGCAAUAACACACCAACAGCAUUAGCAAAAAGUGACACGGAUACAACAGCAAACUGCAAGCACGAAACUAAAGUCAAUUCCUACCGCCAACCAAAUGCUACAGAGUACAAACACAAAGCAAGGCAAUCAGCACGUCACCGAGUCACCAACCAGAUUCAGAUUUGCGAGAAACAGCGAAAGGAAUCGGUGGGAAAUGGCGAAGAAGACCGGAUCAAGAAAUCCCUAGAGCACUCUUCGAGGAGGAAGAGAUCCAGAACCAGAAGUGAGCAAGGAGUCGGACGCAAUCCAGCAGAAGCGACAUGAUGUCGCCGAAGCAGCUGCUGACCACCAUCCUCAUCGUCUUCUCCACGCUCUCCUUCAUCAAGCUCCUCCUCCUCACCCACUCCUCCGCCGCCGCCUCCUCCUCCUCGCCGGCGCGCCCCCUCCGCUCGCCCUGGGACGACGACAGAAGCGGCGGCUCCGGCAACGGCACCGCCAUCCACGGCAGCCUCGCCGCCAAGGAGCUCGCGCUGCUCCGCUCCCUCGUCGCCGCGCGCGCGCCGUGCAGGCUGCUGGUGUUCGGCCUCUCGCCGCAGCUCCUCGCGCUCGCGGCCGCCAACUCCGGGCACGGGGCCGCCACCGCCUUCGUCACCGACAGCGACGAGGACGCGGACGGCGCGCGCCGCGUGCUCGGCGGGGCGCCCGGGGCAGCAGCCAUCCACCGGGCCAGGUACCCCGACGCGGCCGGGGAAGCGUGGGCGCUGCUGCGGCGCGCGCGGGCGAGCCCCGUGUGCCGCCGGCCGACGGGGACGGUGCGCAAGUCCGGGUGCCGGCUGGCGCUGACCUCGCUGCCCCGCGAGGUGCUCGACGCCAGGUGGGACGUGGUGGUCGUCGACGGGCCGAGCGGGGCCGCGGCCCACGAGCCCGGCCGGAUGGGGCCCAUAUACACGGCGGCGGCGCUGGCGCGCGCGGCGGCCGCGGCGGGGGGAGUCGAGGUGGACGUGGCGGUGCACGACGUGGACCGGACCGUGGAGCGGUGGUACGCCAGGGAGUACCUCUGCGAGGACAACCUCGUCGCCGCCAAGGGCCGCCUCUGGCACUUCCGCGUAGCCGCCUCCGGCGGGCCGUCCGACGCGUUCUGCUCCACCGGUCCCGUCCAGAUCUUGUAGGACAACGGGAGGAACCGGACCAAGAUUGACACCAGCAGCUCUUGGAAAAUGCCGGAGCUCCGAGACGGCGGCGCCGGCGCAGUCGGGUGUUCAUAGAUGACAGAUGACCACUGUGAAGAAUUAGAUUGGUUUCUUAAUCCAGCAGUUUUGAGUUGCAGGUUGAAGCUGAAUUCCUCGACGAAAUGGAAGAGUCAAGUCUGUAAACAUUCUUUGUCCUCUAAGGAAUUGGCCUCCAAUGGACACUACACAGUUUUGAUACUUCUAUACACUAUACACCAUCGGCAAGAUCUUAAUUAUCAUUAAUUUCCUGCUUAUUUCUUGAUUUUUGGAAGACUUGUGGCAUAAAAGUCACUUGCCAGGAUCUUUUUUAUUCAGUAGAACACAUAUGUAUCCUUUUGUGCAGAUAGACAAACCAUGUGAAUUUCUCAAUGGUCAGGUGUAUUCAUACUUUCUCA